GGAUAAACUCUCCAACAUUAAACAACAUACAUAUAUCGCUGAACGCCAACUUCCCCGCUCCGACUCAGUGUUCUUUGUAUUUGGUUACAGAUAUUUCUUUAACUAAUGUCGAACACGAUGGCCUUCCUUGAUUUACUAUGCGACAUUCUUCUUCCUAUUGCAGAGAAGUGUGACGACUUACGAGAUAUCGUUUCGUUUGCAUGUUCCACACGUAGCACUUACAACAUCCUACGAGGGCUUCGUCAUCAAUCCGAUGCUCAGAAGCAAAGCAGCUCUGCUUCACAUUAUGCUGCGAAGCACAAAAAAAAACAUGAUGCUUGCAGAGGCGCUGCUUGAAUGUGGAGCUAAUAUCAAUUCCACAGUAAAAACAAGCAUUACUCUCAUUAUCGCCGCAGUAUUUAGGUCUGGCAUUAUAAUUGAUAUAUUUCUGACUCGGAUGGAUAUUGACGUGAGUGCCCAAAAUAGAGAUGGGGAAUCCGCGAUGUAGCGUGCAGCAUAUGCCCGGGAGUUGAUAGUUAUGAGACUGCUGCAACACAAAGAUCUCCAAAUCAAUGUUCCAGGUACCUUUAAUGGAAUUAGACUAUCUACUCUAGAAGUAAUGGACCAACACGUAGAUAUUGCGAAAAUCUUACUCGCUACCAACAACAACCGGACUAACGUAAACGGCCGAGACAGAUACGGUAGAGCCCAGCUUUAUCAUGCGGUAAUCUCGAAACAAAAGGCGCCAAUUUUACUGCUUCUCUCCAGGAGGAAAGUUGAGUUAACCUCCAUAUACGAGAUCAGUCGGGAUGCACUCCCCUCUAGAUAAAUUCAAGUAUGAGGAUUCAAGUCGCUCAGAUAAAGAAUGCCUCCGAUUCCAUGGUGUUGAUACUGAGCUAUAUCCACUGCCUUGCUCAUGUUCUGAACAUUAUUGUCCAUGACAUCCUCUCAGCAAUGAAAUCAGGAGAUCAUAAGUCUGCCAUAGAAACAUGUGGCCUCUUACAAGAAACAAGAAAAUUGGGCGACAUUCUGCU